GGGAGGCUCGCUGGGACGCGACUCUGACAGCCCGGGAGCCCGUACUCCUUGCAGCCCCGGGGAGUUUCAGGCCACCUCGGCCCAGCGGUUGCACAGGAUGCGGCUGGGCUCCGGGGCCUUCGCUGCCUGCUGCGUCGCGAUCGAGGUGGUCGGGGUCGCGAUAUUUAUUCGAGGAUUCUUCCCUGCUCCUGUUCGUUCUUCUGCCAGACCAGAGCACGGUGUAGAAACCCCGGCGCCCGAGCCUGUAGCAGGAGCCAGUUCCAACUGGACCAAGCUGCCAUCUCCCCUCUUCAGUAAAGUUGUUAUUGUGCUGAUAGAUGCCUUAAGAGAUGAUUUUGUGUUUGGGUCCAAAGGCGUGAAGUACAUGCCCUACACAACUUACCUGGUGGAAAAAGGAGCAUCUCAUAGUUUUGUGGCUGAGGCAAAGCCACCCACAGUUACCAUGCCUCGAAUCAAGGCAUUGAUGACAGGGAGUAUCCCUGGCUUUGUUGAUGUCAUCAGGAACCUCAAUUCUCCUGUGCUCCUAGAAGAUAAUGUGAUAAGACAGGCCAAAGCUGCUGGGAAAAGAAUGAUCUUUUACGGAGAUGAAACAUGGCUUAAAUUAUUCCCAAAGCAUUUUGUGGAGUAUGAUGGGACAACAUCAUUCUUUGUGUCAGAUUAUAUAGAGGUGGAUAAUAAUGUCACAAGACAUCUGGAUAAAGUAUUGAAGAGAGGAGACUGGGAUGUGUUGAUCCUUCACUAUCUAGGGCUGGAUCACAUUGGCCAUAUUUCCGGGCCCAACAGCCCCCUGAUUGGUCACAAGCUCAGCGAAAUGGACAGUAUCCUGAUGAAGAUUCACACUUCACUGCUGUCAAAGGAGAGAGAGACUCUCUUACCCAGUUUGCUGGUUCUCUGUGGUGAUCAUGGGAUGUCUGAGACAGGGAGCCAUGGGGCCUCUUCCACAGAGGAAGUAAGCACACCUCUGAUCUUAAUCAGCUCUGCAUUUGAAAGGAAACCUGGGGAUAUCCGACACCCAAAGCACGUCCAGCAGACUGACUUGGCUGCCACCCUAGCAAUUGGACUUGGUUUGCCAAUUCCUAAAGACAGUGUAGGGAGCCUCUUAUUUCCAGUCAUAGAAGGAAAACCCAUGCGAGAGCAACUGAGAUUCUUACACUUAAACACAUUACAACUUAGCAAACUGUUGCAAGAAAAUGUGCCAUCAUAUGAGAAAGAUCCUGGAUUUGAGCAGUUUAAAAUGGCAGAGAGGUUGCAUGGAAAUUGGGUCAAGCUACACCUGGAAGAAAACCAUUCAGAUGUCCUGCUUGGCCUGGGGACCAAAGUCCUCAGGCAGUACCUGGGUGCCCUGAAGACCCUGAGCCUGUCUCUGAGCACUCAGGUGGCUCACUAUGACAUCUACUCCAUGGCAGUCGGGACUGUCGUGGUUUUGGAGGUUCUCACUCUGUUCCUCCUUAGCACUCCACAUGUGCUGUGCAGGAAGGAUGAGCUGGAUGUCCCCCUGUUGUCUCCCGUGUCUUCCCUGCUCUUUUAUUUGUUAUUUCUGGUUCUCUCGGCCGUUCAUGUCCUGGUGUGCACCUCGUCUGAGAGCUCAUGCUACCUCUGCAGCCUCCCGUGGCUGGCGGCAGGGGGUGUGAUGGUGCUGGUGGCUGCACUGCUCUGUGCGAUUCUGUCUGCUCUCAUCAGGAUGGUGGUCGACAGCACUCUGCUGAAGAAGAGUGCAUCUCAUCCCAGCUCAGGAUGGUCAGAGGUGGACCUCCUCCUUCUUCUGGGCACAGUGGGCCACGUCCUGAGCCUGGGAGCCAGCAGCUUUGUGGAGGAAGAACAUCAGACCUGGUACUUCCUUGUUAACACUCUGUGCCUGGCUCUGAGUCAGGAAACCUGUAGGAGUUACUUUCUGGGAGAUGACUGUGAACCUCAGCAUCGCUUUCAUGUUGAACAAGAGUGUGUGGACAUACUUGCUUGUACCCGGAAGGACAGCACAAGCUAUAGUACCCCUGAGCCUGACAGAAAGGGUAAAGGGGUCUCCCUUUCUGAAACAAAAGGAAGCAGCAAAUGGUGGGCAGUGCUGGCAAGUCCCUGGCUGGUGCUGAUUUGCUGCCGGCUGCUGAGGUCCUUGAACCAGACAGGGGUGCAGGGAGCUCACCGGCCUGACUUCAGCCACUGGCUUACCAGCUCUGAUCACAAAGCUCAACUCUCAGGCCUGGCUGCCCUUUCUCUGGUUGUGAUCUUCAUGUUGGUUCAAAAGGGAUGCUCCCUUGUAUCCAAGGCAGCCUUAGCACUGGGGCUGCUGGGUGUCUUCUGCUACAGAGCAGCCACUGGGAUUGUGCUGUUUCCAUGGCAGCCAGACAACAAAAGCAUUUCAAAGGGCAUUAUUGAAGCUCGUUUUGUUUAUGUAUUUGUCCUUGGCAUUCUGUUCACGGGUACCAAAGGUUUACUGAAAGCACAAGUCAUUGCAACAGACUUCAAAACCAGGACUAUAGGUUUGUGGGAGAUACAUAGUGGACUAGUUCUUCUGGCAGCUUUGCUCUUGAGACCACAUAAUCUUCCAGUGUUAGCAUUUAGCCUCUUGAUUCAGACUAUAAUGACUGAGUUCAUCUGGAAACACCUGAGACAUGAUGCAGCCAAGAUCACUGUAAUGCAUUAUUGGUUUGGUCAAGCAUUCUUCUAUUUUCAGGGUAACUCAAACAACAUUGCCACCAUUGACAUUUCAGCAGGCUUUGUGGGCUUAGACACCUACAUGGAAAUUCCAGCCACAUUCCUCACGGUGUUUGGGACCUACGUGGGGCCUGUGCUUUGGGCCAGCCACCUUGUGCACUUCCUGAGCUCAGAAACAAACAAUGGUUCAGCACUGAGCCGGGCUUGCUUCUGCUAUGCACUGAUUGGCUCUGUUCCAGUUGCCGCGUACAUCGUCCUGGUGACGUCUCUGCGCUAUCACUUGUUCAUAUGGAGCGUGUUUUCCCCAAAGCUUCUCUAUGAAGGGAUGCACCUGCUCAUCACAGCUGCCCUCUGUGCGGUAUUCACUGCCACAAACCAGACUCGCCACACAAGGGCUUAGGCGGAGACAGACUCUUGGAGCCGAUGUGCUUUUUAGUCACUGUUUAUAUCAUGGAUUUGAAUGUUGAAACUGCCUCCAUUCAAGAUUAUUCUGAGGGGGAAAAAUAUGUGAAGCCAAGAUUAGUGGAUAACUUAAUUUUACUUGGAUUGAAAUUAAAUAGCAGAUUAGUAAAAGAUCACUUUAAAUACUUAAGUAUCAAAUUUUCCCUAUUUACAGUGACUCUGAGAUUUUAAUUUCCUUUGGGUGAGUUGUGACUAUGUAUGUUAACUGAUGGAAGCAAAGGUUCUGACUUUAUCAGUAUGUGUGUUAAUCUCAGAGAGCCUGUGGGAAGAGGUGUGCCUGCUGCAGGGGCCAACAUCAAAAAUCUCACACUCCUAAGAGCUCUUAAAUCAGAGGCCCCCAAAAUGUUUCAGCUUAUGUGGAUUAUAUUUACCAAUGUUGAUAGCAUUUGAAAUGAAGACUAAAACAUUUAAAAAUAUUAUUCAUUUAAAAAUAAUCUGCUGGUGGACAAGGUGGAACAUAGUUGCAUAAUACCAGUACUCAAGAAGAAAAAAUCAAGAAUAUUAUGAUUUUCAGACUGCUUGGGCUAUACAGCAUCCUUGUCUUAACUCCCCCCCCAUAAAAGCUGCUGUAUAUUAAUAUAACAAAAUAACUAUAUUUUCCAAAAAAAAUUAAUGAGAAAAAUAGAAUUGUUUUUUAUGUUUUUGCAUUUUUGCAGAUGUCUUAAAUGACCCACUCAAUUGAAGAUAGUUGGAAUCUACAUUUGAUCUAUUGUAAUUUAUGUUUGAAAAAUAGGAAAAGCAGGCUCACUCAAACAUGUGGUUGGAAAUGUGUGGAGUAUACUACCUCUUCUCUGUCAACUUAAAUACUGUGCUUUGAUAUCAAAACAAAAAUUGGCAAGUGGUAUAUAGGCUUUUAUUGUUGUAUUUGAGACAAGCUCUCUGUAGCCUAAGUUGGUCUUAAAUUUUUGACCCUGCCUCAGCCUCCCAAGUGUUAGGAUUACUGUGCCUGGUUUCAGAUGUUAGCUCUUCCAAGUUAGUAGGACUGAAAUGGGGGAAGGGAGGUUGUCUGUGUAUGCAGACUGAACUGAUGAUCUGGUUAGGGACACAAAACUGGCCUUCCAGGCCAGAUGCCUCCAGUAAGGAGUGGCGUGAGUGCUGUGGUGGUAACCAACACUUUACCAUUGGGUUUGAAUGAGUGCUGUGGUGGUAACCAACACUUUACCAUUGGGUUUGAAGCCUCUUCUGCAUCAUGCCAGAGGGGUCGUAAGCUCUAAAACAAAACGCACUACUGUUUUACACAGUGGACAUGCUAUCACUCUAUCUUUUAAAUAUUUAUGUUUGUAUGCAGAGAUUAGGGCUGCUCACAACCUUGGUCAGAGAAGCUUCAAUUUUUGCAGUGGGCAGUGAUUAAUGCAGAGACUUAUAACUGCUCAAAAUGUGGAGGAUAAUUGAUUAUUGAAUGUUCAGUCCUGAAUGGACCAUCUGUAACACACACACACACCAAUCAAGUGGCGUUGUUGAAGAACAAGGAAUGCAAGGGCUGAGAAUGGGGAGGGGGUGUGAGACUCUUUCUUCUGGAGAUCAUGAACCAUAGCAUUUGUGGUUAACCUACCCAAAAUCUGCACAAGAUUGAGCUCCUUGACCUUCUAACGUGGAUAGGGGAGGGGCACGUGAGGUACCAAGUGAGAAGCUGUUGUCAGCUAAUGGAUGCUGGAGGAGUUGUUUUCUUCAGAGAGAUAACUGUUAAGAAGUUGCCCAUGAUCUGGUAAAUCACCACGUACAUAUAUAAGCAACACUAAUUAAACUAUAUUAUUAGCUGGGGAAAAAAGACAUGAACAGAGGAUGUGUUGGGAAAAAGUUCUGGAGAAAGUAGGGGGAGUAUGAGAAAGGGAGCAGGGGAUAAAAAUGAUCAAAGUAUAUUAUAUAGAUGUAUGAAAUUAUUAAAGACUAAAUGCAGUAUCUUAAAAGGGUACAUUGGGGUAAGUCUGUGUGUAUAUACUAAGGUAUAUAUAAUAUAGCUUGAAAGUAUAAAGGGAAAAAGAAAAUCCACAGUAUAUUUGUUUUUAUAAAAAAAUUUAUUAUAGUUUCACUAUUUUCUAGAGGAAACAAAUGAUAAUGAUUUUUGUUGUUGUUUAGACAUUAAAAUGUCAUAGAUACUUCAAUAAAGAGGCUGCAUAACCCAU